UUUGGCCGUUUAUCGGAAACGAGAGGCCUCUUGCCCAUUCAUAGCUGUUCUCACCCAUUCUCGCUCUCUCUGUGACCCACACACCACCACACAACACUCUCCCUUCUGUUCUUCUACUGAAGACGACUGAACUCCCCAGAAAACCCUCUCUCUUUGCUUCUUCUGCUUCGUCUCGGGAGAAAAAGCGUCCGUAUUUCGAGUCUAGCUUGUUGCUUUCUUGGUUGUCUCUGCAAAUUCUUUUCUUUUCUUUUAGUCUACGUUCAUUCGAGUAGCUUGCCAUGAGUUGAUGCCCCGAGACGCAUCGGAUCACGGAUCUUCUUCGAGAUCAUCGACUUCUCGUCAAUGGUUGCUUUUGAUACUGCAUUUCUUCGAUGUUGUUCGGAUUCUUGAAAUCAUUUUCUUGCAGAACCAUAAUUUUCUUAGUUUGAAUGGAUUUCAGACAAAGGGCCCACAUUUAUGUGAAUCAUAAAAAGGAUGUCAGAUCGAGAGAGAUGAUUCAGCCUCCUUUUGCCGUACAGGGGUUUUACAGGAAAGAGAUGCUAGUGAAUACCAAGUAUAUUUGGAUUUAUGUUAAUGAAGCUGUGAUCAAGUAAUGUGGAGUACUGACAACGUCAAGGACAUGGGAUACAAUAUGGAUCUGAAAACAAGUUCAAAGCAUCAUCUGAUGUCAAGAGCAGUGAAAGAGAAAGUCCUGUCACCACAAGAAAACAGAGGUAUAACACUGCGAGACCGGUUGAAAGCAGAGCAGUGUAGCAGUCAGUCAAACAUUGAUCUCCAUUGUGGAGAUGGUGGAACCUCAGUCCUACCUAAAAUUUCCAGGAACCUGCAAAAGCAACAACAUGACAGGAAAUCAACUGAAGAUGAUGAGCUUGUCAAGUAUAUGUCAAAUUUGCCUGGUUAUCUACAGCGCAUAGAAAGGGGGGGAAACCUCCAAGAGAAGGCUUUGAAUUUUGGGGUCCUUGAUUGGAAGCGUCUAGAAAAAUGGAAGGUUAACCAAAAACCGGUCCAUGAGAGAAGUGGCAUACAUCCCAUGAAUAAUACUUCUUCAUCGUACUCAACUGUUGGAUCCUUUUCAUUAUCUAGCAGAAACCGAAGUAACUCUCCUGCUCAGCAAAGGGUGCAAACCCCUUCAGUGCGUUCUCAUCUGAAUUUGUCUCCCAUAGAUGGCCAUCCUCAAGGUAUGAAAUCCUCAGGAAGAAAUUCUGUGGAUAUUCAAAAAUUCAAAACUUUCUCUCAGGAUGCCAUGGUUGGACAGCAAAAGCUUCCUAGAACAGAUCAGUUUUUUGGCAAAAUCCAUUCAGAAAUUAAGCUUGAGAAAGGUAAAGGAAAAGAUUCAGAUCCAAAUCUCACUCCAGAAAGGUGCAUGCCAUCAUUAAAUUCAAAAAAUUAUGAGGUCCCUUUAUGUCCAAAGGGAAAGAUGAAAGCUCAAGAUGGUGAAUCUGAAAAUAGAGUAGAGCAGUUGGAUGAACUGGGUCACAAUCAUCCUGACCAGCAGGGCCCUGGCAUACCCGAAAAUAUCACUGUCCUCUAUCCAAGAGGUUCCUUGCAAAACAGUUGCUCAGGGAUCUCCCAGCGUCCUGGACCUGCAACAAGAGUUGAAAUAGGCCGCAAAAGUUUCUCUCUCAGGGAUGAAGUUCACUUUGCAGACCUCCAUUCUGACAUUCCAUACUCUUGCCCACUACCCUGUGGAGUUGAAAGUGGCAUGGUGUCAGAGAUGAAGUUACCAGAUUCUGUGGAUUCUCAGGUUAGAGGAGUUCUUUCUCAUGCAUUUCCUUUGUUUCCUAGCUCACAUGAAAAGACAAAAAAACAGUGCAAAGAUAAACAUUUAGAGAAAAACAAGUCAGCCACAAAUCCUGCAAAUUCAAUUGUCACAGAGCCUUCUGAUAAAUUGGGUUCACAAUCAACCAAAGCAGCUGUUGCUAAAGUAAGACAUCCAUCACCUAUCCAUCAGCCUAGAAUUGGUCGGAUGAUAAGAAGUUUCAGUUUUAAAGAGGAUUCUGCUGUACCACAAUUGAGCUCAACAUAUGUUACUGCUAAGUCUGGCCCAGUGAAGUCAGAUGAUUCUGCUUGUACAGAUAACUCGAAUAGAGAUAAAGCAAAUGCCAAUAGCAGAGGCAGGUCCAGCCCAUUGAGAAGGCUACUAGACCCAUUGCUGAAACCAAAGGCAACAAGCCGUCUACAUUCUUCUGAACCAUUACACGAGGAAUCAUCAUCAACGCGUAGGGCUUGCCGAUCAUCUGAUGGACGAUUAGAUUCUUCUACUAUUCAUCCAGCGAAAAGAAACCUGAAUUUCUCAAGUUGUGGCCCCUCUAAUUCUGAUGAUUCAUGUCUGAAUGAAAAGCUUAUGGCAUCAACAAUACAAGCUCUUUUGCAUGUCACAAUUAAGAAUGGACACCCUCUAUUUACAUUUGCAGUUGACAACAACAGUGACAUUCUUGCAGCAACAAUGAAGAAAGUAAAUACAUCAGUUAAGGAUGAGUCCAGAUGGAAUUACACAUUCUACUCCAUUAGUGAAUUUAAGAAGAAGAGUGGGGGGUGGAUGAAUCAAGGAAGUAAAGGAAAAAAUCAUGGCUAUAUCUCUAAUGUUGUUGGUCAAAUGAAGGUUUCCAGUUCUUACUCUCCCAGGUUGACCGAACACAAUUCCAAGAAUCACUUUUUAGUGAAUGAGUUUGUCUUAUUUGGUGUUGAACUAAGACAUGCAAAUCAGGAAACCCCUGAUUUCCAACCAAACAGUGAACUUGCAGCCAUGGUUGUCAAGGUUGCCAAAGAGACCACGGGAUGCAUAAGAGAUGGAUGUCAGAGGAAAACCAAUGAAGACAUUUCAGAUGCAAGUUUCACCAAUUCUAUGACAGAUGAUAUAUGGUCGUGCAACCUUGGGGAGAAACUACAGAAUGGAUCUACUAUAGGAAUUGAAAGCCCUUCUAGUGCAGUAGUCAUACUUCCCACCGGUAUUCAUGGUAUGCCAAAUACAGGAGUACCUUCAUCUCUAAUUGACCGAUGGAAAUCAGGUGGGUCAUGUGACUGUGGGGGUUGGGAUUUGGGUUGCAAGCUCAGAAUUCUUGCAAAUGAAGAUCUGUGCAAUGAGUUCAGUUCAUCUGGAGCUUGUCCCCAACCAGAUCGAUUUGAUCUUUUUGUUCAGGGAGGGGGAACGCAAAACAAGAGCCCUGUCUUCAGCUUGGCCCCAUUCAAAAAGGGAAUUUACUCAAUUGAUUUUAAUGGAUCAAUCUCUUUGCUACAAGCCUUCUCCAUCUGUAUAGCAGUCUUAAACAGUAGGACACCUUGUGAUCUUACUGAAGCAAGUAACCUGUUCGAAGCAAAAGUUUCACAGCAAGAAUUCAUGCCAGUGGAAAAUGAUAGAAUAAAGGCUCCUAGUAGAGCUGAACCUGCAAAAUACGUCUCAUAUCCACCCCUUUCUCCAGUUGGGAGGGUAUAGCUUCAUAGGUGCCAUGUUUCUAACCGGGACUAUGCAUCAUCGUUGCUUGUCUCCAGAUUGCAGAAAGUGCCGCAAGUGAAACCCUUUAGCGGGUACCUCAUCAAAUACCUGGUAGCAUUCACAUGUCCAACCAAGUUGGAGAAAAUCAUUCAACCAGAAGCCAAUCUGCAACCAAUCUUUUUUGUAUUAGUUGUACAAUGAAUAGAAGGCACCCUUCUACGCCAGAAAUAAUUUCUGUACUCUAGUAUAAAUGUGCAUUUUAAGCCAAUUAAAAAUAUAAGAAAUUAGCAGUUAUGAUAA